UGCAACAAAUCAAUUAAUAUAAAAAGAAAAAUAUUAUUCCUCUCAAAAUCCUCGCGUGGACGCAUUCAAUGUGUCUGUUUUAGACUUUUCGAAGAAACCCAGAAGCAGAACGAAAAAAAGACAGCAAUUUAAGAAUAUAGCUAUGACUACCUCAAAGGGAAGCUGGUCUUUAAAAGUUGUUGUUCCUUCAAUUAUUGUUCCUCUGCUUUUAUCUCUCUUGUUUCUGAAGCUUAUGCCAAAGGAAACUGCCAUGAAAUCCUAUGAGAUAUUUGGGGUUAAGAUCGAGAAGAAUCCACCUCAGUCCAAACUCACUGAGCUUGGUGUCACAACUUGGAAGACAUGGGAAGGUGGUCCAAUGAAAAUUCCAUGGUCAUUUGAAACUGAAGAGACCAUGUACCUGCUGAAGGGAAAAGUGAAGGUUAUUAUUGAAGGUUCUGGUGGUUCUUUUGAAAUUGGAGGUGGUGAUUUAGUUGUCUUCCCAAAAGGAAUGAACAUUACUUGGGAAGUGAUUGAAGCUGUUAAGAAGCACUACAGCUUGAAAAAAUAAUGCUCUUAACUUCAUGUAAUCCUGCUUCAGUUUUAUGACCUAAUUAGUAAUUAGUAUGAACUUUGAUGCAGUAAUAAUGUUCACCUGAGACUGCAGUUCUGUUAGAUUUUACCUUUUGACAAGGAACUUAUUACUAAUCUCUAAUUUUUAUGUUAGAUUUUACAUAUUCUUAGUUGGUU